UACUUAAACAAUAUCGCUGCUACGUACGUGAUAAUGCAUUUGCUAAUUUUGCGUUGUGUGUCAUCUUUGGUGUCAAGCAAAUAGCCGUUUGUUUUCCACAGGAAACUAGUUAUUGAGCGGUGAAACUGUACAUGACUUCAUCGAAGCAACAACUCAGGCUGGGAAAAUCGGCGCACAAGAAAAGUGAUGCCCCUGAAAUAAGAGAGAUGAACGAAUGAUACAGAAAUCGUGAUAAAAACGAAAUUAGAAAGAUGCUCACAUCAUCAGCACUAGUGCCGCAACGAAAAAGCCUCCAGCCACGAAAUUAAACACCUGUGGUGCAGUUUGUAGUGUACUUUCAUAAAUGAACGUGAAUACGGGAGCAGACACCAGCGGAACAAUAGCGCAUUCAAUACUGCGGCCUCAAACGGCGUUAAAAGCAUCUCUCCGGAUAACGUGGCAGUACAUGCACUCGCGGACGUUCCGAUGGACAGCGGCGGCAGCGAAGAUGUGAAAAUAGUCAAAACCAUUCUACACGCCGGAACGCGGGUUGUACCGUGUCGCGAUGGUACCAAGGUGAGGUUCCACUGUCAGACCAGAAAAUGUGACCCGGCGGGAACCCUGAUCGACGACAGCCGCGUCCGCCAGAAGCCAAUGGAGCUGGUGUUGGGGAAGAAGUUCAAGCUCGAAGUGUGGGAAUCGAUAGUGCAGCAAAUGGCACUCAACGAGGUGUCCAAAUUUCGCUGCCACCGGUCCCUGGUGGUGCAGUAUCCGUUCGUGGCGAAGAUCAUACGCGAUGCGGAGAAGACGCCCGAAGAGCGGAAGCACUGUUGCGGUAUGACGAUGCAGAACGAGGGCCUCGGCUACAAAGACCUGGAUGAGCUGUUUAUGAACCCGCAGGAUCUCGAGUUCACCAUCGAGAUACUGUCGGUUGAGAACGCGGACGAGUACGACCAGGAAUCGUGGCAGCUGAGCGAUGACGACAAGCUGCAACUGGUGAGGAAGCUACGCGAGCAAGGAAACCAAGCCUACGGCGAGCAGCGUUACGCGGCCGCCCUCGAAGCAUACUCCCGCGCGACCGGAAUUAUCGAGCAGUUGAUGUUGAAGGAAAAGCCAGACGAUCCGGAGUGGUGCGAGCUGGCACAGCUAAAGGUUCCACUGUUGUUAAACUACUCACAGUGCAAGCUGUUGGAGAAGGACUACUACGCAGUCAUCGAGCACUGUUCCGAGGUGCUGAAGUACGACAAAGAGUGCGUGAAGGCGCUGUUUCGGCGCGGCAAGGCCUACGCCGGGACUUGGCAUCUUGACCGAGCACGAGCCGAUUUUGAGCGAUGCGCUCAGCUGGACGCCAGCUUGCGGAACGCAAUCAACAGCGAACUUUCCAAAUUGCAGAACCAGGCUCGUUUGCGGGACGCCGAAGAAAAGCUGAAGUACCAAAAACUUUUUAAUCACUAACAUUGUACAUGUUUCUUUCCUGUUCUUGACAAUUGGACCAAGUUCUCUGUACUCUUACGCUUUGCCAAACACGUUAAAUCCUUGGGCACAAACAGAGAAAAAAACGGGAUCGUGGAGUACGCUGUAAUAUAUUCUUAAGCCCAUGGUGAUAACAUAUCCCGAUGCAUGUGCGAAAACAAAGGCUUUGCCAGAACGCGUGGCUCACAAAUCAGCGCGGACUGGAGGAGCUUCUGGUGCCCGCAGAUCAGCUUCGUGAUGUAGUUGAGAGCAGGGUGGAAUUGCCGCCAACAACGGUCAGUAACCCCAGAGCGCAAAGGAUGUAAAAAAAAUAAACAAUCAUUAAA